CGGAAGAGCCUUGCAGCUGUUUUGUUGUCACCACCAACAGCUCGCCUGUCAAAGAAACAAAACAAGACAAAUCAUUAUUUCAACAGAGAGCAUCGAGCUUUUUAUAGCAGCCGUUUCUUUAUUCGUUGUCAUAGUAGUCCCCGCUACCAUGAACGUGACGCUCGCGGUGAAGCAGUACAUCUCCAAAAUGAUCGAGAGCAGCGGCCCCGGGAUGAAGGUUCUGCUCAUGGAUAAAGAGACGACUAGUAUAGUGAGUGUGGUGUACACUCAGUCUGAGAUCCUUCAGAAGGAGGUCUACCUGUUCGAACGGAUUGACUCUCAGAACAGAGACAGCAUGAAACACCUGAAAGCCAUCUGCUUCCUUCGUCCCACUAAGGAGAACGUAGAGCAUCUAAUCCAGGAGCUAAGGAGACCAAAAUACAGCGUCUACUUCAUCUACUUUAGUAAUGUGAUCAGUAAGAGUGAGAUUAAAGCUCUGGCUGAAGCUGAUGAACAGGAGGUGGUGGCUGAAGUCCAGGAGUUUUAUGGAGACUUCAUUGCUGUGAAUCCUCAUCUGUACUCCCUGAACCUACACGGGGUCUCCAGGGGUCGGAGUUGGGAACCCUCCAUGUUGUCUCGAUGCACUCAGGGUUUGACGUCUGUCCUGCUGGCUUUGAAGAAAUGUCCAAUGAUCCGCUACCAGCUGUCCUCAGACAUGUCCAAACGCCUGGCUGAAAGUGUCAAGCAAAUCAUCACUAAAGAGUACGAGCUGUUUGACUUCAGGAAGACCGAAGUUCCUCCUCUGCUGCUGAUCCUGGAUCGUAGCGAUGACGCCAUCACACCGCUCCUCAACCAGUGGACGUACCAGGCCAUGGUCCAUGAGCUUCUGGGUCUAAACAACAACAGGAUUGACCUGUCCAGAGUCCCGGGGAUCAGUAAGGACCUGAAGGAGGUGGUGCUGUCUGCGGAGAAUGAUGAGUUCUACGCCAAUAACCUUUACCUUAACUUUGGUGAGAUUGGCACCAACAUAAAGAACCUAAUGGAGGAUUUCCAGAAGAAGAAACCUAAAGGGCAGCAGAAGCUGGAAUCCAUCUCAGAUAUGAAGGCGUUUGUAGAUAACUACCCUCAGUUUAAGAAGAUGUCGGGGACCGUGUCCAAACACGUGACAGUGGUGGGGGAACUGUCCAGGCUGGUGUCAGAGCGGCAGCUGAUGGAGGUGUCUGAGGCGGAGCAGGAGCUGGCCUGCCAGAACGACCAUUCCAACGCUCAGCAGAGCGUUCGACGCAUGCUGCAGAACCCACGUGUGGCAGAGGUGGACGCCGUGCGUCUCAUCAUGCUCUACGCUUUGAGAUACGAACGCCACAGCAGCAGCAUCCUCACAGCUCUGAUGGAUGAGCUGAGCCGGAGGGGAGUGUCUGAACGACACCGCAAGAUGGUUCAGUCUGUCGUGGAAUACGGCGGGAAAAGAGUCAGAGGAAGUGACCUCAUUACGCCGACAGACGCUGUCGCCAUCACCAAAAACUUCUUCAAAGGACUGAAGGGUGUGGAGAACGUGUACACUCAGCAUCAGCCUCUGCUACACGACACGCUGGACCAGCUGAUUAAAGGUCGCCUCAAAGAUAGUCAGUUCCCCUACCUGGGGGCCAGUAGCCUCAGGGACAGGCCUCAGGACAUUAUAGUGUUCAUAAUUGGCGGAGCCACAUAUGAAGAAGCGCUGACUGUUUACAACCUGAACCGGAAUACACCUGGAGUCCGUAUUGUCUUGGGAGGAAGCAGCAUCCACAACACUAAGAGUUUUUUGGAGGAAGUGAUGUCGGCCACAGGCCACAGCAGCGGCAGCGACAGGGCAGCGGGAGGCGGUCGCUAUAGCAACAGACGCUGAACAGAACCACUUGCUCUUCAUUUACUACUUCACCUUUCGUCAGAUUUACGGCAUCAUUCCCUCCAUACGUCCGUGCGUGUGUGAUUAAAGGAGCAGUCCAACAUCCUCAGACAAAGACGUGUUUCUGUGUCCAAGCAGGACAUGAUUAGAAAAUCAGCAACACCUCGGGAAAAAAAUGACCUGCUUUAGUCCCUUUCUGGACCCUUUUAUUUGAUCUUGUUGAAAACCUUCAUGAUGCAUUAUAUAUCAUAUUAGUAUGAUAACCCCUUUGUAUAAAACAUCACGUAUUAAGGUUCAUAAAUCAAAAAGGGAAAUAAAAGCCACAGAAGUGAAAGGUCACUUGUUCUCAUUUUAAUAUAUAUACAUCCCAGUUAAUCUGGCAUUGCCUUGAGUAUCGCAGCUGCGAGGAAUUGUGGGCUAGAACUGCACCCUUUCCUUUCAAAAAGUGUUUCCAAAGCUAAAGGAAGUUUAAAACUCCUUUCCUCAGCUCCUUGGAGAAUUCGACCGGCUCACGUCUUGGCCUCUCCUCAGAUGCUCGGAGACCUGGCUAGUAAUCUUCUGAAAAAAAAUAAGACACCUGCUUGCUUAAGCAUGCAGAUAUUUGUUUUCAGGAUAUAUAUCAAUACAAAGAGAUCUUCAAAAACCAACAAUAUCAAAUAGUGGAAAAACAGUGGAAAAAAAAAAUCUCAAAUCCCGGUGGCAUCUGUUCCACUAUUUUCAUGCACUUUCUAACAUCCUGCCUCUCAAACAAGCUUUCAUAGGUUUCUGGAACCUGCUGUAUUUGCUUUCAGUUGUAAUUUUGAUUUUUGAUUUUGAACAGUUAAUUCUGGAGCAGAUUAAACAUAUUCAUCAUUCAAAUGCUCCUUACACAAUGACACUGUUGAUUUUGUAUCUGCACAUUUUCUGAGUGAAAUGUCCCUUUUAAUUGUCUGUGUGACUGAAUGUGCAUAAGAGAAGGUUGUGAUUGUACCAGUGAAAGUUGUAAAUAACUAUUGUGUUAUUCAUAAAAUCUGUACACAAA